AUGAACGCAUUGAUGAUGGGAUGUGCCAUCGGCUGGCUUCCAGUAGCAGUAUACUUCAUGAGCGGUGAAGAAGAUCAGGUUGAAUGCUUAAAAUGUAACCUGAUUGCAUCAUUUAGCCAACUUGGGAAAGUGGCAUUUGCAAUCCCUGGCGGAAUGUUGGUGGACAAAUAUGGCAGAAAGAAAGCUACCAUUGGUGUGGCAUUGUUGAAUUUUAUAUCUUGGAUGGGAAUAUCGUUGUGGACUGAACCAGCAGUGAACUACGUUGGGCAAUUCAUUCUCGGGGCGACUCAAGCACUCACACAAGAAGCCUGCCUAAUCAUCGUAGGCGAAACAGCAUCUCCCAGCAUACGUGGGCAGCUCAGCACCGUCUACCAAAUUUUCCUAACCAUUGGUGUACUCAUACCAGCACUUCUGGCCUUGAUUUUAUCCUCUUACGAGAUGAUCAAUUGGAUAAUAACUUUCUUUUCAUUCAUCACCCUUCUUUCAAUGUCUAUCGCAUCGGAAACACCUAGUUUUUUAAUCAGCCAAUCGAAUUCCAAUCAAGCAAGAAAACACUUACUGGAACUAAGACAAGGAUACCCGAUCGAGAUCACGAAUACAGAAUUUGAAAACUUGAAAAAAUACAUAGAAAAUGAUAAAGCAUGUAAAAGCCAACUAGAUUGGUGGAAAUUUCUCAAAAUGAAAAGCACCUGGCAACCUUUAUCCGUUUGCAUUUUGAUCAAGUUCUUUACAGCUGGAACCGGUAGAAACAUAUUCACUACCUUUGUCACCAGCAUAUUCUCAUCAAAUGGCUCCGUAUCGAGGAAAUUAUACCCUUUAAUCAUGGAAGUCAUCAUACUUCUCAUCAACGUAAUAACUCCUUUCUAUAUUGACACGUUUCCUCGCCGAACAUUAUUCAUAUUUGGCGCCAUUUCUAUAUCAAUUUCAAAUGCCUUUUCCGCCAUAAUGAAUUACUUUUUCGUGAAAAGUAACGAUGCUAUAUUCAAUUGGUUAUUCCUAUUAGGAAAUUUUUCAUAUUUGUUACUUUAUAAUGGCACAGUGCAGCCAAUUAGUAGCGUAAUUAAAACCGAGCUGUUUCCUCGAGCGGUCAAAGGAUUAGGAGGAUCUCUCAGCAUCAUAAGUCAGGCCAUUUCUACCAUCAUUUUGUACCAAAUAUAUUACUUCAUCGACAAAUAUUUAGAGUUGUACUGCUUGUACGCGGUAUUGACCAUAUAUUCCGUCAUUUUAUACUUCAUUGUGUAUUUUUUUCUGCCCGAAAGUCGUGGAUCAACUUUGGCUGACAUUCAGUCGAAAUUUCAAAAUGGUUCGAUAUCGUACGUUGCAGUCGAAUCCGAAAUCAACGAAAAUACGAGUUUUAUGAGCAAAAUGUUCGUUAAUACUAAAAAGAACAUCUCCUUACCAUCCAAACUGAAACCUGAAAAGGAAACUGCUGCGACGAAUGUGAAUAUCUCAUUGCAGCCAAAAUGUGCUUUGGAUAAUAAUCUUAUCACUGUUGAUACUACUGAUGGGUUUCCCAAUGCUGGUGCAGCUACGUCAACUCCGAUUCCCCCCAUAGAAAACUACAAGUUGGUUGAUGAUAUCAACGUUGCUGACGAUAUUAGUACUGACUCUGAUGCAGAAUACUCAAAUCUGUCUCAGAUUGAAGAGUUCAAUGACUAUCAACACGUCAAGGAAUUGCCUAAUCUGCUGAAAAGAGUGGCUGACCUAGAGGCUGCAUUAAAAUUAGCGCUAAAACAACUCAGUGACCUGGAGAAAAAAAUAGAUCCUACACCUGAGCAUAUCUUCCCAAAUGUGAUCAUACGUAAUCCAAAUCAAGAAAUCGAAGUAGUAACCUGA